CCCGGAGUAAGCGUUAAGUGGCCAACAUAGACUCUUGCGGGUGAAAGAAUUCCUCUGCGUUGCCAAAUGCUUGGGGUAAUGCCCCUGUGGUGACCUCCAUAGAGUUGGAACGAAGGAAAAGCAGGCUUUCGUACACGCCGUUUCCUUGUCCAGGGAACCGGCCGCAGCUACGCAACUCUUUCGACCCUGAAGUGUCGAGUUAUUCCUCAUCAUCUCUCAAGGAAGUCCCCCAGCUCCGCUAGACACAGGCUGUCUCGGCCUCAGUUACACACCGUGGGUCAAGGUUUUUCACCUGCCUAAACAAAGUUACAAGGCAUAGCUGCCGGGGCACCCGUGAAACGCAGAGUCCAAAAAAGUGAAUCGCAAAAGGCUGACUGAUAUUUGACCGCGAGAACUCGCAGUAUUCGCUACCGUGUGGAGCCUCGAUAUAUCUCUGGUUCUUCGAGCAAAUACUCCAGCCCGGCACUCUCCGAAACUCUUAUGUACACUUGGAGGUCAAGUGCCGCGACUGAAGACGUGGUUCCAUUCAUUCUGCAGCUACGGUUCCUGACUGGCAUCGCUCGGUUUGUCGUCCGACUGGCGGGCGCCAUUGGAACGAGGCGUCGCUUGCAAAAUAACGCCCCCGCAGCCCGGAACAGCUAUAACAUUAAGAGCACUUUUUUCAGCGGGGUCCGCCGAUGGCGUUAACCAUCUGUUGGCAUGUCACGAUGACGCAGACGUCGUUUUCUUUCCGUGUCGUUUGGGUUGUUUGGGGUUCGAGGCAUGGGCAGACACGCGAAGCCCCUGCCUCCACCGAAACGGAUCGGUACGCCGGACUUGAAGAAAAGCGCGGCUCGACGGGAUCACCGAAACCCGCCAGUCGCCAAUCCGUGAAGAGGACCCGGGCGCCUACACGCUGUCGGCCGUUCACCCUUCUUAGUCUUGGACGGUGGAACCGUGUACACACCAGGUCCAGUACUCACGUGACCUCGCGUGACCUCUUCGCCGAUUCGCUUAUGGUAUAUGAACACCCUAGGCGAGGCGUACUUGUCUGGCCCCCCGUUUGUGCGUCUGCAAGUUUUGUGCCAAGAGAGGUCGCUGGUUUGUUGUCGCGGUUGGAUCUUCAUGGAAUUGUGUCCGAUUUUUUCCCUACAGGGCUGAGAAGAAUUGUGGGAGGAGGCCGAAGCAACGAACCUCCGCAUCGGUCGCACCGGCGAUGUUUUCCGCCGCCGCUCCAUUCUCACCCAUUGUUGCUCUCUGGCCUGGUAGGAUUCCGCAGUGACUCUCGGGGAGUUUGUGCCUGUCACCUGUACAAGUCGACGGAUGCCUGUAUUUUCGAAAAACGACGUGUCGAGCGGAGAGAAAGCAGGGAAACUGGUAAGAAGCGUCGGAGGUGCACGGCCAGUAGCGCCUGAGAAGAGACUGGUCGAGACUGGUCCGGUGUCGCGCCGUCCGAGGGCCGAAACGGGGCCGGGCGACGCAUUUGCGUUGUCUGUUUCGGCGCUCGCGUCCCACCUGUCUCUUCCUUUCUCUGCAGGCGGUGGGUACCGGGGCAC